UUUAGGAGCAGAGAAGAGGCACCAGGGUCUUGACUUGGUCUGCUCCUUUCUCUCUUUCACUCAUACCAGAGACAGCUCCCAGCCAUGCCUUAUACAACUGGGUUUUGAUGAGGACUAGUUUGAAAACUGCUGUAAGAUCCUUGCUUUUCCUCAUGACCCUCAAUUAAUGUUUCUCCCCCAGCAGUUCUUGUCAAGGGCACUUGGACUGAAAAUUGGGACAGUUUACAACUUGAUCCAACUUGUCUGCUCCUGGUGAGAUCACAGCCUGCCAUGAAGUGCUGUCUCAUCUUUGCUUUCAUGAGUGCAGCUGUUGUUCUGGCCAACGAUUCUAAAAAUGAAAAGCUGGACUUACAAGAAGAUUUUCCUGUUCCUUACAUGGUCUAUCUGCAAUCCAGCCCAGAACCCUGUGUGGGGUCUCUCAUUCACCCUGAGUGGGUAUUGACAGCUGCUCACUGCCCCUUACCUGUUAAAAUCCGACUGGGAGUUUAUCAACCCAGCAUCAAAAAUAAGAAAGAGCAGAUACGGAAUUACUCAUUGACUGUGAUCUACCCUGAAUUCAACAAAGAAACUCUGGAAAAUGACCUGAUGAUGAUAAAACUGUCCAAGCCUGCGGCACUCAACAGCCAUGUAGGAACCAUAGCCGUAGCUAUGGAACACUUAGCAACUAAUGAUACCUGCUUUAUCCCAACCUGGAUCUGGAAGGAGUAUAAAAACCUUAGUGACCCUGACAUCCUGACUUGGAUAAACAAACAUUCUCUUCCCUUCAAUGACUGCCAGAAUAUGCUAGAUGGAAGAAUGAUAGUAAACAUCAUGUGUGUGGGACAGCCUCUGAAGAGCAUGUCUAAAAUCAAGGAAGUUUCAGCUGCUCCAGCCAUCUGCAGUGGGAGGUUACGUGGAAUCCUGUCCUGGGCAAAAGGAAGUGUCACCCUGGGAAGUGAAGGAUUCUUCACAGAAGUUUAUUCCUAUGCAAGAUGGAUCAUGAAAAUCAUUAAUACCCACUGAGGCUCCUCUUUCCUCCAUAUCCUCAGUGCAAUAUCUUCAUGAUUUCUAUACUGGAUCCACAAAUCUCUUGGUCUUUCUUGUUCUUGAACAGAAUCCAAAUGGAAAACAUUCAAUUAAAAAAAAAGUGACACUAAGAACUCA